CGAACUAGUUCAUAGAAAAUUAUUUAAACUUCAACAGAAAGAAUAUAUUGUCGAUUUUGCUAGUCGCGAAUGAUUAUCUUGGUGAAAGGUUUACGUCCGAAAAUGGCAUGAAUCAUGCCUCCCGACAUAGAUGUUUACAAAGUUAUAAAUAGGCUUGGUCAUUCUAACUGAGCCAAUCCAUCCGCCCAUUGUCCCAACCUUUUAACAACUGUCUCAUGUUUGAAGGAUUACCAUUUCUCUACAAAAGUUAUUCAACACAUGCUGUGACAUUUUAAAGUGAAUCGAGAAAAAUGUCUCGAAGCAGCUGUGAUUGACUGUGAUUCAUGUGAUGAUCUUUAGUCUGUGGACAAAACACAGACAAACAGAGGACAAGGCUUUACAGCAGAAGAACACCAAGAGCGAGCUUAGCUCGAUAAACAGCACAAAUUUUUUGGAAAAAGUCUCAGUGAAGCCGAAGAAAUAGAAUAAAAAGAAAGGCGAGGACACUUUCAUCGUUGUGGAAGGAACGAUUGAAGGCUAGCGAUGAAUUUUGUCGCGAUAAUUUUGACCGCAUUCGUAACCUUUACUUUUAUUGCAUUCACAAUGGAAGUAAAAACAAGCCAACGGCGAAAUAUGAGAAAAGAUUUCACACGUGGACGACGGCGAAACAGGGGUAAAAGAGGUCGUCCAGGACCAGUAGGACCGCAAGGAAAUCCAGGACCCCCCGGUGUUCCUGGGCGAGAUGGACAGCAAGGAUCGCCUGGUAUCCCAGGAGAGACUGGAUUACCCGGAGAUGCGGGUCUACCUGGUAAUCGUGGAUAUAAGGGACGGAAAGGAGACAGAGGGGAUAAGGGUAGACAAGGGAGAGUAGGUGCUCCGGGUCAAGCGUGUUUUCUUGAGAAAAAAGGUGUAAAGAUCUGUAUGACGCCUCCCUCGGGUCCAGAGGGACCACAAGGGACGAAGGGAGAUCCAGGAACAAUGGGUGAAAAAGGAGAUCCAGGUUUUCCUGGAAUUAAAGGUUCACGGGGAGAAGCGGGUCAACGGGGUCCUCCAGGGAAGGCUGUGGAUGCUAUAAAUGUUCGCUGUUUUUCACGUCAUAAUAAAAUAACGGUCACUCAAAAGCGCGCAGAGGAUUAUCUCAAUGAUUUAUUACAUGCUCAUUGUGAUCCCCUGCAGUUUCUUCAAGGAAUGAAGAUUCAGAAAGAUACCAAUUCCAUCGAACUCGUCUAUACAUGCUGCUCAUUCUAUUAAAUAACCUAAAUUGUAUUUACGAUGGAUGUUGUAUGUGCCAGUGACAAUAUAACUCAAGAUGACCCACCGUAAGACUGGCAUGUGGUUCUUAUUAUAUCUUUAGCAAGGUUAUUAUUGUCACGUUACUAAAUGUUCCGAGUCAUAUUUUUUCAAUGUUGUAUUUUUUGCCUAAAAUUAUUAUUUUGUCCAGUGGUGUGUUCUGCAUUUAAUUCCGAAGGCAAUACACCAAUCAAAACAACUCGAAAAGAUCUUAAUUAGAUCUUAUAUGACUGUUUUAAAAAUUAUUAACUUUUCUCUCUUUAUCUCAAAACUCACAAAAAUGACUUAGGCAUGAGAUUUCGUAACGUGACGUGACGUUAUUAAUAACUUCACGUUGUUUCAAUAUUCCUGACUCUGUAGUCAGUAUACUCCUAAAUGAGCAGCGUAGUUAAAUAUGUUUGUAUUUAUUCUUCUAUUCUUUCAUAAUGUAUUCGUUAGGUGAAAAUCCA